AUGAGUGAUACUGUAGCACAAGAUCAAGAGCAGGAAAAUAACAGGGCACAGGAUAUAUUACCAAAUGAAGAAGGGAUUUCGAUGCCCAUUCAAGACGAUGGUAUGGCUGUUAGCCAGCGCCAACAUGAAAAUCAGCCGAAUCACUUCAAACUUAAUUUGCCUGAAACCGAAGAAGAUCCGAGUUUGAGAUGGGUGAUUCUUGAUGCCUGGAAAAUCACACAAUGUGGGAAAGUCCACCGCUUCCGAAGGCUCGUCUUGGCUGUUACAUACUUCUGGGAGAGAGGGCAUAGAAGGAUUAUCGUCUGUAUCCUAGAGUGGAUGAGAAAAGAACAUAUUCUAAUUUGCGAUAUACAUUAUUUGAAUGAACUACAGCGCCAUCUGCAGGACUUCUUGGUUUAUACACCCGAUGAAGCAGGGAAAACCAGUGUGUGUCACAACUUCAUGGAAAAACUUUCAAAGCACUGUGAUGCCAUGAUAAUUACUCUGACAGGCCCAGACAGCUGGAGUGAAACAAACGACAGAAUUCUUCAGUUCAUGUUUAUGAAGGAUGCCUUCAAGUUACCUGUUGACCCAAAGAGUAAAAAUAAUGGACCAAAUUGUUCCACCCUGCUUCACUCUUCAAAGAAUAUAAAUUCACAUUUGUAUAAGGAAUUGGUACAGAACUUCAUGAAGAAGUGUGAGCCCUACUCCAAGAUGGUUAAGGAGUUUCAAAAACUUGAUCUCUCUUUUUCUGAAGAACCAGGAAAGGAUAAACUACCACUGGUGAUUAUAGACGGGAGUAAUGUGGCUAUGAGCCAUGGCCUGGACAUGUUCUACUCCUACUUUGGUAUCUACCGGGCUGUUCAACACUUCUGGAAUAAAGGCUAUCGUAACAUCAUUGCUUGUGUGCCAAACUAUAGACGACAUUCUCCAAGCACUAUCCAUGGUCAUGAAUAUCUAGAAAAGCUGUCUGAGAGAGGCCUUGUAUCAUGGGCUCCAAGCAAAUGUUAUGAUGAUAGGCCUAUGCUUGAAGAAGCCAGGGCUAAAACUGGGCGGAUUGUGACAAAUGACAGAUUUGUCGAUUUUGGACCAGAGUGGAAGGAGACUAAAAAAGGAUGCAUUCCCUUUGAGUUUAAUGGAAAUCACUUCAUACCGUUUCCAAUUUCAUCUGAGGCUGUUGAGACGAGUAGUGUACAACCAGCAGCCAUGAGUGUGAACGGUGCCAACGAUGAAGAUUUGGGUCCAACCAGUGAAGCACCAGAUGACAACACCCACAUCUAGGCUUCUUUUUUUAAAUAAAAAAUUUAACUAUAACAAUGUUUAGUCAUUUU